UACGAUGGAAAAGAGAUUCCAUAGGGAAUUUGUUGGAAACUAAUUAUUAUAUUAAUAUCAUUUGUUAGGAAGAUGGUUGCCUGUAUAAAAAGGGAAGUCUAUUAUUGUUAUGUCUAUUUUAUUUUACUUUUCCCCCUUUUUUACUUUUGCUAACGUUCUAAAAAAAAUUGCUAACGUAGACAAGAAGAAUAUUAAUAUACAAACGUUUUCUCUCGUUUAGCGAGAGUCUCCUCCUUAGAAAAUUAGGUUUUUCGAGGGUUUUUCUAGGGUUCCGUGGACUGUGGCCGUCUCCGUUGUUGAUUCGGAAACUGUUCUCCGUUUCUGUGUUGGUGUGGUACUAGGUUAUUAUUGUUUUAAAUAGCCGGUUGAGAGGUCCAUUCCUGCCAUCGGAUGCUGAGUCUCUGAUUUUAAGGUAGUGUUUCAGAAUAGUCUGUGUGCUAGCUUUUUAAGCCCUAACGUGCCUCCUGUGAGGUAGGGUUUCGAGUGAGAUUUUCCCUGAGAUCAUUGUUCGUAAUUGAAGGGGUCUCAAUUAAAGCUUUUGCAAAGAGAAGCCCUCAGCUGCCUCCUGCGCUUAGGGUGAGGGAGUGAUCAAGUUUUUCGAUACCUGUUUUUAAUUACCUUGUUCCAGUUCUAUUUCGUGCUCUACACGAAAGCUGUUUUCAAUCAAAUGGAUUAACAAGAUACUGCUAAGAUUCCGCCUAAGGACUUAGCUAAUGAAGGAGAUGGCAGGGAGUUCCAAAAGGAGCAGCAACCUAUGUCAAGUCCCCAACCGAUGAUGAUUACUGAAGAGGCAAAUCAAGAGAUGGCAGUGGGGUCAAGGCAUUUAAUCCGGAACUUCUGGCUGCUCAGAUUGAGAAGGUUUCUCUAGCAGAAGAAGAUCCCUUAGUAGUGGAAGAUGGUGACUUUGAUUCGGUGCUGGUACGAGCUGUUGCAAUGCUAGGGCUAACUAGUAGGCUGGUGGCUGCAAAAAAAACCAAAUAUAAAGUCUAUGAAGAUAGCCUUAUGAAAAGCCUGGAAUCUCAAACAUGGUUUUCAGUUAACAGAACUAGGGGACCAACUCUAUGCCUUCCAGUUCUUGGAACAGAGCGAUCGUGACAAGGUUUACUUCCGGGGACCUUGGCACUUUGAAAACAACCUGCUGAUCUUUAAAUCAGCUGACAUUUUCCACAAACCAAAAGCUGAUGAUUUUUACAUUAUGGAUAUAUGGAUUCGCAUUUAUCGUCUUAUAGUGGCUCUGAGAACUACAGAGAUGGCGCAUAAGAUAGGAAGCAGGUUUGGGAAACUGGUUUGGGUGGACAACAUACAUGAUUGCAUUUGGGAUGACUUCCUCAGACUGCGCAUUGAGAAGGAUAUCAGAACACCUCUAAAAACGGAAUUGAAGCUAAAAAUCCAAGAAGACAUUGCAAAAUUCGAAGUGAAGUAUGAAAAACUGCCAAUGUUUUGCUUCAAUUGUGGCAGGGUGGGUCAUCCACAAAUCAAUUGUGAAUAUCCGAAGGAGGCAGAUCAGAACCUUUAUGGUCCGGACCUCAGGGUGGGGCCUCUACAGAAUAAACCCUUGCGAACUAGAUUGGAGAAGGAGGAACAUGGCGAGAUAUGGACUGCUCUUCGAGCUAAAUUUGAGAGGGAACGAAUGACAGAAGAAGCUCGGCAGACUUAAAAGAGAGCUAUGGCUUAUCCAAUAAACCAUAACAGACUAGAAGAGCUGAAAAAAGCUUAAGGAUACAAGUCUUUCCAGGAAAUGCAACUACAGGGACCAAAACCGAAAUUCCCCUCAGUCAGGCUUAUGAAAGAGCCAUGGAAAGACUCGGCCGAGGAGAUAUGAAAUCAUCAGCAAGAGGUGGCUAGAGGAGAGUGGACUUUAGACAAGCUUAAGGAGAAGGUGGAACGAGAGAAGGCAAGUAAGACUGAAACUUACUAUGAGAAGCACCUAAAGAAUUGUGAUAUAUAUAUAUGGGGCAGGCUGCGAGGAUAAUUUGGAAACCCCUGAAACUAUUCAGAAACUCAGAGAAGAUGAGAGCGAGAAGCAAACUGCUCAGCCACAAAAUAGUGGAGAACAGAUGGAGAAGGAGAUAACACAAGUUGUGGGGAUCAAUAGGCAAGAGGAGAAGAAACUACCCGCUAGUUAUGAUGGGAUAGAACAUCAGACAGAUGUGGACAUGAGUGUCAAGACUAUGGAUCAACAAGCCACUAUGACAACACACCUGUUGCAGAACUUAGAACCCUUGGUGUUUAACAUGGGAUUAAGCUCACAGGUGAAAACAGAAGGAAGAAAACAAGGUACUUGGAAAAAGAAUCCGAACCCAAGACAGGGAUGACAGAAUAGUGGCCACUUGUCCCUAACUCCUCAAAAGCGUGCUUUUAAUAACUAGGAAAGCCAAGAAGGGGAAGAGGAAUCGAAAAAAAAAGAAAAGGCAGUGUGCAGGUGGUUGUUACAACUGAGAGUGGGAGGAAGAAGACUGAUCUGGUGCUGGAAGAAGUUAACGUGGAUGGCAAAUUGGCGGACUCUGCAACAGAGCAGCGCCGCCCAGCCCAAUGAUUUGCCUAAGCUACAAUUGUCGAGGGUUGGGGAAUCCCUCGGCAAUUAGGAAAGUGAAGUCUCUUCUCCAGAGGCAAAACCCCCAUGUGGCUUUCUUCAUGAAAACUAAGAAGAAGCAUCAUGAAUGGAGAACCUUGUUACAAAAAUUGGGAUGGAAGAAUGGGUUUGGAUUGGGUUCUGAAGGAAGAUCGGGAGGUCUCAUUGUCCUAUGGAAAGAAGAUAUGAAGGUUGAUAUUAUAAGGCUAUUCAAUCAAUCAUAUUGAUCUGUGCAUUGAGGAGGAGGAGAGAUCUUGGCUGUUAACUGGAAUAUAUGGCUGGCCGGAGCAAAGAAACAAGCUCUGAACCUGUAAACUGCUAGAGGAUCUAAGUGAGUUUACUAACUUGCCAUGGUUAGUCAUGGGCGAUUUUAAUCUUAUUCAGAGUUACGAAGAGAAACAUGGGAAGCACUUAGCGUGUGCAGACAAGAUGGAUAACUUUAAUCAAGCACUGAAUUACUGUGGGUUGGAGGACUUGGGUUACUAUGGAAGAAGAUAUACAUGGGACAACAACCAUAAAGAUGACACUUUUCUUGAGGAAAGAUUGGAUAGAAUGGUAGCUUCUAUGAGCUGGAAACAAAAUUUCCCAAAUGCUAGGGUGAAUAAUGUUAGACGCUGUGGCUCUGAUCAUAAUCCCAUAGUGCUCCACACGGAGAUACAGGAAGAAGAGGAAAUUAAGUGGGGGCACACUUUCAGAUUUGAAGCGGUCUGGCAGCAACAUCAGGAUAUAAAGCACGUCAUCGGUCAAGGGUGGAGAAGUAAACAGAGUCGAGGUGUGUUGGAUAGAAUUGCUAACUGUGAAACGAAGCUCAAGCUAUGGAGUCAAGAGGUGUUUGGGACGAUGAAGUCCAGGAAACAAAGGUUGGAGAAAGCACUGGCCAAGCUAGAGAAAUUGAACAUGACUGCAGCGUUGGUUAGUCAAUGUCAGGAUCUUGAAACUGAGCUGAAUGAGAUUCUUGAGCAGGAGGAGCUACUUUGGAAACAAAGAUCAAGAUCAGAUUGGCUAAAAGAGGGAGAUAAGAAUACAAAGUACUUCCAUAGAAGAGCCUCGGAGAGAAGAAGGAGGAAUACCAUCAAAAAGCUUAAGGAUUAGAAUGGAGCUUGGUUUGCAGGACAAGAGAAGGUUACAGAGUGUCUUGUAAACUUCUACAAGAAACUGUUCAAAGCGAGAGAGAGGGUUUCGGGAAGUACACUCUUGGAUGCGGUUCCAAGGAAGGUUACUGAGUCGAUGAAUGAUGAAUUACUUCAACCUUUCACAAGAGAAGAGAUUUGGGGAGCUCUCAAACAUAUGGGACCACUUAAAGCCCCAGGGGCAGAUGGAUUACCGGCUUUGUUUUUCCAAAAGAACUGGGAAAUCAUUGGUGAUGAUGUGACUAAGGAACUCCAAGGCUUUCUAGAAGCAGGAGCUUUCCCCCAAACCCUCAACCAUACCUUGUUGACUUUGAUCCCUAAAAAGAGAACCUCUCAAAGCCAUGUGGAUUUCAGACCUAUUAGACUGUGCAAGGUCCUCUACAAGAUACUAUCAAAAGUUUUGGCUAAUAGGCUGAAAAGGAUUAUAGGAGAUAUUAUAGUGGAAAAUCAGAGUGCUUUUGUUCCUGGAAGAUUAAUUACGGAUAAUAUUAUCAUUGCCUUUGAAUGUUUCCAUACAAUGGCUCAGAAGAAACAAGGAAAGAUGGGAUACAUGGCUUCAAAAUUGGACAUCAUUAAAGCCUAUGACAGAGUUGAGUGAGAUUUUUCUUGAGGCUAUCAUGGUUAAGCUUGGGUUUGCAAGAAGAUGGAUAGACCUUAUUAUAACAUGUAUUUCUACAGUCUCUUUUUCUAUAUUAGUUAAUGGUCAUCCUUCUGAGGUGUUUACUCCCACCAGAGGACUCAGGCAGGGAGACCCCAUAUCUCCCUACCUGUUUCUACUGGUUGCAGAGGGUCUUUCUGGCGUUAUUUCUCAGGCAGAGAGGGACAAACAAAUUAGUGGGCUGAGGUUGAGGAGAGAUGCACUAGUCAUCUCUCAUCUUUUGUUUGCUGAUGACAGCAUUCUUUUCACUAAGGCUUCAAAACAAGAGUGUGAGAAACUGAAGAAUAUUCUAAGACUCUAUGAAAUCGAGUCUGGUCAGCAAGUAAACCUAGUGAAAUCAGAGUUGUCUUUCAGUCCAAACAUUAAGUUGGAGACAAGGGAACAGUUGGCAGUCAUCCUAGGAAUGAAGGUGGUAGAAGUCCAUGAGAAAUACUUGUGUCUUCCUACAAGAGUAGAACGUGAGAAGAAAGCUGUGUUUGGCUACCUGGUUGACAAGGUACGUCAAAAGGUAAAGCAUUGGAAGGGAAGUUUGAUAUCAGUUGGUAGAAAAGAGAUUCUCAUUAAGUCUGUGGCACAAGCCCAGACGACAUAUGCUAUGUCACUCUUUCAGAUACCAGUGGGUACUUUACAAGAAAUUCAAAGGUUAAUUGCCAACUUUUGGUGGGGACAAGAAGAAGAAGAAGGAAGAACACAUUGGCUGCAUUGGGAAGAGUUGUGCAAACCAAAGAUGGUUGGAGGGCUAGGCUUUAAAGACCUUCAGAGCUUUAAUAAAGCCCUGCUUGGAAAGCAGGUGUGGAGACUCAUCUCCAAACCUAACUCUCUCGCUGCUAGAGUGUUGAAGGCCAAAUAUCAUAAAAACAGGAUGUCAUG